AUGCAAAAAACUAUUAAGAAACCUAUAGACACAAAGGGGAAAAGGAAAGAGAAGUCAUCAAAAGAAGACGCGUCUGCGUUGGCGAAAAACCCCCAAGAAGAAAAGUUGAAGAAAAGUGUGUACAGCGUUUCCACACCUCGAAACUUCAUGCCAAAAUCAUCGACAGCUGACAUUUACGCUCAGAAGAAGAAAAACAGCGUCCAAGCAUUGAAAACACCGAAGAAGGUGCCUGGCACUACGGACAAAAGUAGCGAUGUAUCGCCUAUGAAGAAUAUACUUAAAUCUUCCCCUUCGUCUGUGAGUCAAAAGAGAACAUAUCCGACAAUUGUCAAUGACAGUUCGGCUAGGAAAAAUGACGCAAAAGUAUUCAACACAGCAUCAGCCAGACAUGCAACGCCUCGCACGGCAAGAGAUUUGCCCACAGUAAACGUGACUGUGAACUCGCCAGUGUUAAAAAAAAAGUUGCACCAAGAUGGUGGCAAAAGAGACAUAAAAAAUGGCGGGAAAAUUACUGAAGUGGAAAAGAGAGAUACGAAAAUUGGCUUGAAAACUUCUGAGGUAGAAAAAGGAAAAAUCUUAAAAUCUGACUCCAAGAAUGCUGAAGAGAGACAGCGUACCAAAACUAGAACGCUCAAUGAGAGUGAAGUUAAAAUUCUAACGCGCGAUGGAGGUGUUGAUAAUAAUGUGGAAAUGCUCAAUCUGACGCGAAAACUAACUGCGAAACCGAAGGCCUUCUAUGUCGAGUUGGACGAGCCCAAAACCAAGCCCCAAAACGAUAAGACGAGUGAAGACGAAGUUAGCUACGAAGACGAUUUCGAGAGCUAUGAAUCUGAUUUCGAAUCUUACCACGAGUCUCAAUCUGAAGAUUCUGAGAAAGCCAAUGAACAUACCCGCGCAACAUCGGACGAACAAAGCGAAGAUGAAAACAAUUCUGAACAUGACGAAGAAAAAAGUCUGGAAACUGAAGAGGGCUCUAAAGAAGUUAAAGAUGAAGAGAAAAUGUUAGAUUCUGGCAACUUCGAUCUCCGUGAUUCUCGGUCAGCCAACAAGGCUAAGCCGAUGCAGUUCAUCUUGGAGGAUACGGAGCCCGACGUAAAGAGCUCCCUCACCGACGAGGGGUUCCAGGAGAUGAGUAGCGGCUCCAGCAUCAGGACCGUUCAUACGGAAGUGCUGGACAGGCCACUAUUUAUUGACUUCACGAAAUCAAAAGCGGAUAAACGCAAGAGGAAAGUGUUCGAAAGGCUAAAGCAACGCGCGAAAGAUAUUUUGAGCAUGGUAACACUGCACGCGAUGUCGUAUUCGCUGUUCGAAAUGAAGCCGAUACCUUACGACGUGUACAUGGCAACAUUUGGCCGUUCUAAUUACAUGCAAUCUGCAGUACAAACAUUCGAAGAUGGUAUUUCGGAAGAAGUACAGACUGAAGAAAUUCAACAAGACGAUAAAUGGACGCAAUAUCCCGUAGAUUUCUCAAACCACCUCAUACAUUUGAAAGAUAACAAAACAAAAAGAAAAUUAGACCAUAUUAAUAUAGAAGAUUACCUAACGAAAUUUACAUUUUUAAUAAGCGAUAAUUCUAGAGAAGAUGAUGAAAAUCAAUGCAAUCUCGAUGAAAGUUACAAAUCUAGUCCCCUGAGAGUGUAUUUUGAACAGAAAGAAGGCGUCGGCUGCACUGAAAUGUUGCCAUACGAAACGUACAAGAAAAAAUUAAAGAGUACAGACUUCAACAGGAUGCGCUUGGGGAAAUUUUUAAAGAAGCACGAAAGUAAAAUAAGUCGUAUUUUAAGUACAAAUUUGGGCACAGAUCCCAUGGGACUAGUCAAAAGUAAUAAAUAUCCCUUUAGCAAGGGUUUCGUUACCAUAGCAAUGAAAAAUGUAACAAAUGAAGAAUUAAAUUUUGUUAAGCAAGCCAAAAUCAGUGCAGUAGUAGUUUCAGAGAGUAGGAAUAAUUUGAUUUGUACGAUACAUGAUAAAUGUACGAAUGUUAUAGAUGGUAAAUGUGUGAUAUGUCUAUGGAACGUAAGUGUUGCAAUAAGAGAGCCAUUAAAAAUAUUGGUUGCCAUAGACAGUGUAAGCAUAGCUCGUUUCAAAGGCGGUACAGAUGGAAUUAUCGUAGCAGCUUUAAAAGAUGGUUCUGUACAUCUGUGGGACCUUACUGAGAAGCCGAUGUGGUAUCCCGACGUUAAAGAAGAGAAACCUUUAGAAAUAGUUGUAGAUGAUGUUGGAAGAUUAACGCAAACAGAAAGAGAUCGCGAAUGGAACGCAAAGAACAGUCAAGUCGGCAUCGGUCCUCCGCCACCGCGCUGCUUACUGCAAGCUUGCGCGUACACCACCAGCGCCUCAUACAUGCAGACGACUUGCUGUACUGAUAUCACGGGGUUGGUGGUGGACACUGGCGCCGCACACAACGUGGAGGCUGGCAGGAGGGUGGUGGGGCAGGUAUGCGCUCUCCAGCGUGUCGGACUGAUAACAAUAUGGUCGAUAAUACAGGAGAAAUUGAAGAAUACUCCAUAUGACAUGGGAAAAGCGUACUGGUCCAAAAUGAAACUGGAAAAGAAACAGACCAUAUCAUUGGCAGAUCAAAUAGGAAUGCAGACUUUCGAUACAGUAGAGAAUAAAUUUGAGCUUAUGUUUAAUUUAAACGCGGCGAAAAGAAGGACCUCUUUGCGAAAAAAAGAAAAAUCUUUACGGAGACAGUUUUUGCGCCCAAAGUCGGGUGGCAAUUUUGACGCUAAUGACAGGCCGUCGAGUGCUGCCGUCGGGAAAAAUAGCCAAAUGUUGCCAGUGCAAAGUUGGGAGGAUGAUCUGUUUUGUAACGAUUUGAAAAUGAUAAGGCUGAAUAAUAGUGACAAUUAUUUGGUCGCGAAGAACUGUGGCGAGGUGCUGUGUUGCACGAAGAACGCUGGCGCUGUGAAAGUUAAUAGGCUUUGUGUUGCUACUGACCUGUCUCGAGUGACUUGUAUAGAAGUGUCGACGCAUGGGUCGCCUCACUUCUUGGCGGCCACCGACUCUGGGACCGUCAACCUGUGUUCGCUGCGAGACCACAGGGUUCUGCUUACGCUGGACGUAAGGAAUGGACCCCUUUCCCAAGAGUUGGAGCGAUACCAAGUGGACUCAAAGGGCAGGUUCUUAGGUAGUGCGCGGCCUACUAGCACACCCUUUCUACGAGCCGCUGACGGGAUCGCGGUUAAACAUGUGUUCUGGAGUGCCAGCAAUCCGUGCUGCAUACUAGCACUGUUGGCGUCAGGGACGCUUCUAACAUAUGAACUGACGCAAAGCGAUAUCAAUGCUACCAGCGCUGUGGAACAAGCGGCUAUAGAAGCAAACCUUUGCGGAUCUACACUCGCCCUGGUGACAUCAGAGGGCGAAGUGGAAGUACACAGCAUGCUCAACACUCACAAUGAACAGCAGCUGCGCCUCUUCCAGAAAUACGCAGCACUUUUAUAG